AUGUCGUUUCCCUCAAACGCUGCGCCUAUAUCAUUCCAGGCUGAAUGGCCUUCAUCCUCAAGAUUACGGAUUGUAAUAGCCUCGAGAUUUAGCGGUCAGGCCACUAUUUCUAGCCCACCGGGAAUGGUAUCCGAAACCGAGCGCUCGGAUCUCAAAACGCUGAUCCUCGAGGCUUUGGGGUUUGACCCUAGAUUUCCAAAAGAUACCUGUCGUGUCUUAAACUCGCGAGUGAGUCAGAUACCGACGGUGGCUUUGACGUUGGCGACGAGUAUUCAACACAUUUGGAAUCUGAUAACUUUUGAAAAUGCAGAUAUGGCGAACGGCAUGGCUGUUUCCCCUCUACCACCGAUAAAACUCUCAAGAACGAUUAUUAAUGAUAUCCACAACGUGUAUAUCACCACCCUCACCGCGGGGUGCGGAGAGCCUUCUUUUUUCUUCCCUUCUCUUCUCCUCUGCAACCGUCUACCAUCAUCGACCCCUGACAAGUUUCUUAAUCUCUGGUUGAUCCCCAUUCGUUAUCCCGUCCCCGCCAUGGCAGAGAAACACUGUCCACCAGCACUCAUCAAAUACACGCUCUUUUCAACACUCGCCUCCAUCGCAAUCCUGGUUCUCUCUAUCCUUUCCUACUGCACUCUAGCAUUAUGGGCCAACAUAGCUGCCUCCACUCUCGCUUUAAUUUUCCACUCCGCCAUCCUCUUUUUCAGUUGGCGUCGGUCGAUGGAUGACCAAUCCUUAGUGCACAGGAUGCACAUCGCGUACUCCUCGAAAACCCUCAUGGCCUCCGCCGUCGUGUUGUUUGUGUGGUUGGCUUCUCUUGGGAGCUCCAUCGAACAGGUUGUAAAUCAGCGCACUGAUCGUCUGCUACUCCCUGUCAAAAGAGGACCGGGAAAAAUGGAGAUGCAGAUCACAGUAACUGGUCUGAUCUUUGUGGAGGUUAUUGGUCUUGGCGCUUGGCUGGUACACUCUCUCUACAUACGGCCUCGACGGGCGGUCCUGAUACGUCAAGAACUGGAGGUGACGCGCUGGUAUUCUGAGUCUAAUAACUUUGGAAAGGACCUAGUACAGAAGGGGAGAAAAAAGAAGUCCCCAUAUCCUACACAAACGAGAUAUUCUACGCUCUUGCGUCAUCAAAGCCUGUUCAUUGCGGCGAAACAUGAGGCGCCUUCGGACGUUUUACAACCACCACCGCCUGUCGCGACGAAAGAGGAGGAUAGACCAUGGUCAUUCCUCACCCCAAUGGCACCUGCCUCUCCAUCGUCCGGCACCGAUAGCCGAUAUGGAAUCCUAUGGGAUUAG